AUGACUACCUUCAAGGAACUGAUUAGAGAUAUUGGCGACGCUCUUGGUGCGACCUCGGGUCUCGAUAGUGAGGAGGUUGAUCAUCGGGAGCUAAUCUCUCUGAUGGAACGGUACUCGUCCGAUAAGACAGAGUGGUUACCAUAUGCCUUCAGUGAUGCAAGCCGAAAUUACACUCGCAACCAAGUAUCAGACACGAACAAGAAAUCGAAUGUUCUGGUUAUUGUUUGGGAGCCAGGCAGAGGUAGUCCAAUACAUGACCAUGCUAACGCUCAUUGCAUCAUGAAGAUCCUGGGAGGCAGCCUCAAGGAGACAUUAUACGGACAGCCGCAACGAGAAGGCGACAAGCUGAAAUUAGCCAAGACUACGAUCUACGAAGAGAACCAGGUAACCUAUAUCAGUGACAAGAUAGGUUUACAUAAGGUCGAGAAUGCAUCCUUGACUGAUAGGGCGGUCAGUCUUCACCUCUACACGCCUCCUCAUGCGCACAACUACGGAUUCAAUCUCUUUGAUGAAACCACAGGAAAGAAGUCAUACGUCAAGACCACAGCAUUCUACUCUGAUCAUGGCAGAGUGUGUGACAACGCAGUAUCGGCGAGGAUGUAA